CCAGACGUUGCAGAGCAGGGUCGCACAGUGAAGAUGGCACCACGCUGCGCCUCGCAGCGUCGCACUGCAGAAGCCACGAGGAAAACCGCUGGUAUCCGGUGGAUGUCUUGGCUUCCUCUAGUGGCAGCCAUUUCUCUGCCUCUUGCUGAAGGACGCCUCGACUGCACGUGCCGCGUCCGGGCUCAGAAGCACAGCGUGGUCCACAUCAUUUGCCCCAGCUUGCAGAAUGGAAGUGCGGCCGACAGCUGCGUGACAGCAGGGAGCGACAGCGGCCUGACAGCUCGGAGAUACGACAGCGACGGCUUCCAGUUCCUGCCUCCACGCUCUCUGGUCAGGUUUUCCCGAGCCUGCCAGUCGUGGCACCAGGCCCGCAACGCCUGCGAGGCUUUCGACGCCACCUUGUUCGUGUCCAUCGACGAAGAGAGUGUCAAUCUGCUCACCAAGAGCCCCUUUAAAGAGCGUUACGUCGACCAGUAUUUCAUUGGACUCACUGAUGUGGUUUCUGAAGGAAUCUUCGUGGACAUAGAAGGGCAUCCAGCGCAAUACCUGAACUGGAGCAGCGGUGAGCCGAACGACGUGGGGGGUAAAGAAAACUGCGUGACGCUGAACGCCAACGGCCAGAUGAACGACCUGGGCUGCGACGUGGACGCGCCGUUCCUGUGCGAGCGGCGGCUGCGCUCGGCGCCGCCCCCCGGCUACACGCACCUGCCCGCGGCCGGCUCCUUCGUGCGGCUCAGCGGCGCCGGGGACCUGCGGUGGCGCGCCGCCGCCGCCGCCGCCUGCGCCGCCCAGGGGGCGCGCCUCUUCGUGCCGGACACCGCGGCCGCCACAGAGGCGCUGCUGCGCCACGUGCCCGUCGACGCCGGCCAAAUGCUGGUCGGCCUCUCCGACGCACACACCGAGGGAGUCUUUGUCACCGAUGCGGGUGACCGCCUGUCGGACAUGGAGUUCCACGAGUGGCUGCCCGGGCAGCCGGACGAUGGGGGCGGCGGGGGCGGCGCCGGCGAGGACUGCGUGGCGCUUCACUCGCACGGCUUCCUGGCCGACGUGUCCUGCGAGCUGCCGCUGCGCUACGUCUGCGAGUGGCUGCCCUGACCGCUGCGCCCGCUUCGUCACCAGCCAGACACCGCCUCUCACGGCCUCGCACAAGCGAGCUCUCUGGACGGACCUACACCUCUCUCACGAAGGAAGGGUCUUCGGUUUAUCCAACGUAUUUCGGUGAAGAAACAACGUACUGUUCGAAAUAGUCUUACAGAUAAAUAACACGCAAGAAAUCUCAGCGUUUAGCCGAGCUGUAAAUAAUUAAAACGUAUGAACUCUAGAACCACUAGUCAAGUAAG